AUGAAGGCCUCCAUUCUCUCCAUCGCCGCCGCCGUCGGUCUUGCCUCGGCCCAGUACGCCUACGUCGAGAACCACUGCGCCGAGACCGUCUACGUCGAGUCCUUCCCCUACGACGACCACGCUCCCGGCGUGCUCUACACCGUCAAGCCCGGCGAGUACUUCUCGGAGGCUUUCCGCUACUACGGCACCACUGUCAAGAUCUCCAAGUCGCGCAACUUCGACGACGUCCUCCAGUACGGCUACUCCUUCACCAGCAACCCCGACCUGGCCUACUAUGAGUUCAGCAACGCCAACGGCAACCCCUGGGCUGACAAGCACAACACCCUGAGCGCUGGAGACGGCUGCGCUGCUUUCGACUGCGCUGCCAACGACAAGAACUGCUACAGCAACGGCGGCUCCAAGGUCUACCACUGCCCCCAGCCCCUCAACAUCACCGCCAAGAUCUGCGUCUGA